GUUUUUAAGAUGGUGGUUGAUGUUCCACGUGUAUUGUAAGGUAGUUUCGUACGCUGAUUACUUCUUUGUUCGUGCGUUAGUUUUUCAUUAAAGCUUCAAGCUGUCUGGAAACGAAGAAAAAAUGGUUUCUAAAAUACGUAAAAAACGUGAACAAAAUAGACAGUACGCAUUAAAGCUUAAAGAGAAGAGAAGAUUGUACAAUAGUAUGUACUAUGAAGAACAUAAACAAGAAAUUAAAGAGCGUGUACAGGCCAGAUACAGAUUAAACAAACUUAAAGAACUUGCUAAAAGAAAUGAUCGUAAGCGGUAUUCAAAAUAUACUGGAAAUGAAACUUGUUCUGCUUUGUUCUGCUGCAACAACAGUCGCAAGACUUGUCCAAAAAAAUCAUUUUUUAGAUUUCCAAGAGAUAAAAUCAGAUGUAGAAUGUGGUUAAAAAAUUGUAAGAGAAAAGAUUUGUUGAAAGUGAAAAGAAAAUACCUAUACACUGUGCAUAGAAUCUGUGAAGAUCAUUUCGAAGAGCGUAUGUUCUUAAAUAGUUUAAGAAAUAGACUUCAUCAUAAUGCCAUUCCAACUAUUUUUGAAAAUACUACCAUGGAGAAUAUGAUUGAUGAUAAAGAUGGAAUACCUGAAAUUAAUUCUGAAUUAAAUCCACUUUCAAAUGAAAAUUUUUUUUCAACUAGUGAAGAUGAGAAACCAAGUAUUAAAGAAGAAGAAAUUAUAAAAAGUACUGUGAAAAAUAAUAAAUUUGAAUACGAUGAAGAUAAAUUAAUUUUUGUAGAAGAUAAUGAAGAUACGGAAGGAUUUGUGGAGAAAAAAUGGUGUGCUGCAGUCAAUUGUGAACACGAAGUCACAGCGCAACCAGAAGGAAUAUAUUUUUUUAAAUUUCCAAAUAAUUUUGAAUUGUGUAAAAAGUGGGCAACGCAUUGCCGUCGAACAGAUCUGAUGAACAUAAAUCCCGAGUACCUACAUAACAACUUUGUUUUGUGUUCAAGCCAUUUCGAUUCUACUGAAUUCGUUAAUGAUGAUGGAAAAGCUCUAAAAACUGAUGCUGUACCUAAAAUUGAAAGUUUAGUACCAUUAUAUAGUCAGUUAUAACAUGGCUUCUGUGAAAAAAAAUUUUUAAUUUUCAAGGAAAUGAGGAACACGCAUGAAUUUAUCAUCAGAAAGUGGCCACAUAAAUCAAGAUUAAGAAUCACAUUUAUAAUUUA